AUGGCAAUGGAAAUUAGGAUAACUGGUUAUGCCGUAGUUCUUUUGGUUCUCAUUUGCGCAUUGGCCAUAGAGUAUAUCGAAUGUAGGAAGAGGGUACCACAAACUUCAAAUUUUAACAGCGAAGGUGGAUGGAAAUCUUCUCAGAUGGAUGAACAAACGGCUGAGCGGAUAAGGAAUCAUUGCAGGAAAGAAUUAAUAAAAAUCAAUGCUUUGGAGGAUUUUGGAGUAAAUAUGCCACCGGAAGGAACCAUAGACUUGACAUCAACAGUGUUGACAGAAGGAGAUACUCGUAAAGACAUAAAUCUUCUGCCUCAACAAAUGAAGCAAACACUAUCAGAUUGCAUAAGGAGGGAAAGUCUUCUCUACGAUGUUUCUGUUAAGAGGCGUCGCUCUGGGCAUUGGUACCUCAAGCAUAUUGAGUUGCUAUCCGGUUUGAUGAGUGCUCCUAGGAGAAACAUGAUUAGUGAGCAACCUCGGCAGAGAGCCAAAAAACGAGCGCUGGGUACCGAAACUGAAUCCGAAACAGCAAGUCCAGGUCCAGCGCCUGGAGCAAGUGAAGGUCCUUCACAUAGUCCUCAACCAGCACCUGCUCCUCAACCUGCAGCAGGAAAAAAUUCUCCUCCUGCUCCCCAACCUGCAGCCGGAAAACAUUCUCCUCCUGCUCCCCAACCUGCAGCCAGAAAACAUUCUCCUUCUCCCGAACCUGCAGCCGGAAAACAUCCUCCUGCUACUCCCCAACCUGCAGCCGGAAAACAUUCUCCUCAUGCUCCCCAACAUUCAGCCAGAAAACAUUCUCCUCCAGAUACAAAUCUACUCGAAGAGGACAAUGAGGCUGGCAGCACACAAAUGAAAGUCAUUAUCGCUAUUGCUACAACUGCAGUGACAACAUUUGCUCUUGUUUCUCUGUUAUACUUAUUUUGUUUGAGAGAUCCCCAAAACCAAAUUGGUCCUGGAGAUAGACGGAAAGAUGAUAGGCCUAUUCCCAUCUUAAGCUCAUCUGCUGCUUCCUUACAAAAUUCUAUGAAUUUGGGAGGUCCGGGUGACAAAGGGCCUACUGAUAACGGGGAAAAUAAUUCUUCCAUUGCAAGAACUUCGGCCAUGAAUGCUGAUAUUAACACGUCAUCACAUUCCGAAGCUCUAUCAUCAGAAGCUGCUGCAGGACUUGAUCAAAAGCCACCUCCUGAAAUACCAGCUCCUCCACCUCCUCUACCACCUCCCCCUCCUCCUGCUCGUCCUAACGCUCCACCACCACCUACUCCAAAAGUACCUCUUCCACCACGAAACCCAAUCCCUGGUAAAAUGCAACCUCCACCUCCUGGACCUCAUCGCCAAGAACGAUCUGAGCGGGGUGAGCUUGACAGCCAAUAUGGAGCACCAAAAACAAAGUUAAAACCGUUUUUCUGGGAUAAGGUUCUUGCCAGCCCCGAUCAAGCAAUGGUCUGGCAUGAGAUCCAUGAUGGUUCAUUCCAGUUCAACGAGGCAAUGAUGGAGUCUUUAUUUGGUUAUACCGGGGAUAAAAAGAAAGCUGAAGGCAGAAAGAGUUCCUCUGCUGAAUCUACAGGCCAGGGCAUUCAGAUUAUUGACAGAAGAAAAGCACAAAAUUUAUCCAUCAUACUGCGAGCACUGAAUUUGACAACAGAAGAAGUUGUUGAUGCUCUAGAAGAAGGUACUGAGCUUCCGGUGGAAUUUCUCGAAUCCUGUUUGAAGAUGGCACCAACGGCAGAUGAGGAACUAAAGCUUAGAUUAUUCUCAGGUGAUGUCUCACAACUUGGGGUUGCAGAGAGGUUCCUCAAAGUCAUGAUCGAAAUCCCAUUUGCCUAUAAGCGAGUAGAGUCGUUGAUAUACAUGAGUUAUUACCAGGAAGAAGUCACUGGGAUUAAAGAAUCCUUUAAAACUCUUGAGGUAGCUUGCGACAAACUGAAGAGUAGUAGGCAAUUCCUGAAACUCUUAGAAGCAGUUCUGAAAACUGGUAAUCGGAUGAAUGUUGGUACCUACCGUGGCGGCGCACAGGCAAUUAAGCUUGACACGCUAUUGAAACUGUCGGAUGUAAAGGGAACUGACGGCAAAACCACAUUGCUACAUUUUGUAGUUCAGGAGAUUAUUCGUUCUGAAGGCAUAAGAGCUGUGCGUACAAAGAAAGAAAGCCAAAGCAUGCCCAGUGUGAAGUCAGUUGUUUUUAAUGAGGAUCCUAACCUUGACUCAGGAGAAAAUUAUCGCAGCCUUGGUCUUCAGGUGGUUUCAAGUUUAAGCACUGAACUUGUAGAAGUCAAAAAAGCAGCAUUGAUAGAUGGUGAUUGCCUAACAGCUUCAGUUGCAAAACUAAGCAAUUCAAUGUCGAAAGUUAAAGGACUCCUUGACAGUGAGAUGAAAGAUAUAGAAGAAGGGAGUGAGUUCCGUCAAAAACUGACUAAAUUUGUAGAAAGUGCAGAAGCUGAUAUUCCAUGGAUACUUGCAGAAGAAAAAAGGAUAAUGUCUCUUGUCAAGAGCACAGUAGAUUAUUUUCACGGCAAUUCAGGAAAGGAUGAAGGUUUACGUGUGUUUACAAUUGUACGUGAUUUCUUGAUAAUGUUAGAUAAGGCAUGUAAAGAGGUUAAAGACACAACCGAGCCCUUGAAGACAUCCAAGAAAGAGACUUCAACAUCAUCACCUAGCUCAGAAAAUCGGCAGCCGUUUGCAGAUAAGCACCGGAAACUAUUUCCAGCAAUUGAAGAUCGACGGAUGGAUUUUUCUAGUUCAGAUGAUGAAAGCUAGUCCAU